AUGAAACAAACUGAACCACCUCAUUUCAGUUGGAAGCAUUCAUGGGCACUUACUGAAACACAGACUGCGUUAGCUACAUCUCCAUUCAAUCGUAUUCCUACUAAAAUUCUCUUACGAAUAUUUCAAUUACUUUCUGUUCCUGACCUAUGUAAUGUAUCACUUGUUUGUCGAUUGUUCAAAAUGGUUGCAGAUCAAGAUGACAUUUGGAAAUUAAAAUGCAAUACUGAUUGUCUUCGUCUAUUUCGUCAUGUCGUCGAUCAUUCAUUGUCGACAACAGAAAUUCAACGGCCCUCAAAAGAGCAAGCAUUUCGAGAAACAUGUCAAUUUUAUGAAGAACGAUUCGGUGAAAAAUAUUGUGAAUUACCAUCAGAUAAUAAUGAUUGGAAGACAACAUUCGACGUCUUAUAUGAUCAAGACAGUUUCAUAAAUCAACCUGAAAAAGCUUAUUCAUACUGGGAUCGAGCAUUUUUCGAAUUUUCAUCGAAUCCACCAAAACAAUAUGAAAAUCCCUUUUCAUUUACGGAAGCCGAAAUUAUUAUUGAUGGUCGUUGGCUCGAUUUAUGUAAAACAUUUAUGCACGAUUCGCUACACCGAGCUUCUCUUCACGACUACUAUGGAAGAUCACGCAACUAUAUUGAUCUUGGAACUGGAGCUAUGCACCGUUUAAAAAAAUCUUAUGAAAGAUUUUUAUAUAUGGCAGCGAAAUGUCCACUGAAAGAGCGCAACGAUUUUAUACCACCAACAUAUGCGAUAGACAUCAUAUGGCAUGCACAUAUGCAAGAACCAUUGAAAUAUGCAACUGAUUGUCUUCGACUUGUUGGUUAUAUUAUUGUUCAUGCUCCAUGGCCAAUCAUUGAAGACAAGAAAAUAAAGCAAGAAAAAGAGAGAAAAGAUAGCAUUUGGAAAGAAGAAUUUCAAAGUGAAAUAUCAAUGGAUCAUCUCUUUAAUACAAUUGAGGGUACAUAUGAUUGGUGA